AUGGAGGCGGCGCCACCAACGUAUGAGAAGGCCACCUUGAUCGACAUCUGGGAUAUCGUGGCCCGAUAUGUUCCCUCAAACGACUUGUGUUCGGCAGCCUCAGUAUGCAGUCAAUGGCAUAUGACCUUCGUUCCGCAUCUAUGGGGAGCUCCAGCAUCCCACUUCUCGGUUGAAAAUGACAGAGUCUAUGUCGCUUUAACCAAGUUCAAGCGUACGCUGCAAACUGCACGCCUGUUUGUCAGAUCGCUUACCCACACGCUGCACCUGCCACCUGCACAUGCCGAAAUCUACAAUGGUCCACACGCAGAUUGGCUCUCGGAGGUGUUGGACCGUCUUCCAAAUCUCCAGACGCUGAUAGUACGAGGGUUACCGUUCUUCGACCAUGCAGCUUUACUCCGCCUUCCGGGUUUAUAUGUAGCGAGCUUCAGUCGGCCAGCCACUGCCGUUCCAUUUUUCGGCCUGCGACUUUUGGAUGCUUCAAGAUGCUCGAACACUACAUCCAGUGGCUUGGCUCACGCACUGUCUCGGCUUGAGUCGCUAAUGUAUCUUGAUUUGUCCUUCACUUAUCCUGCACGUGACUCCGUCGUCCUGCACACCUUGGGUCGACUGUAUGGCCUCCAAGUUCUGAAGUUGCGCGGCGUAAGCCUGAGCGACGAAAGUCUGAAAGUGCUUGCUGAGUCAAUCGCGCUGCGCGUGAGAAGCCUUGACGUUCGUGACAAUCGCAUCACUGAUCGGGGGAUACGUAUUCUCCUCGACUACUGCUUUGCGAACAACGACGUCGUCCCUUCAGGCGGAAGAUCACCUGCACUGCUGCCAUACUUGGGAACUGAGAUGCUGCACAUCUACCAAGGCGAAGAUUUCGAAGGUUUUCUGCGCAAAUCUUUUACUAGCAGCUUUGUCAGCAGACUUGCAAUCGAAGACGUGCCGGAUGGUGGCAUUACCCAUUUGUACAUCUCGGCAAACGCGGUGACUGUCGAGGGUGCAUCUGGUCUUGUCCGUUCCGGAAGAUUACACGUCUUGGAUCUUGGCCCGGUAGCGCCUGUCAUUGUCAAACACCUAUCGGCUUCGGGGAAAGGGGAUGGAACUGAUGCCGUAAAUGUGCCCGGCAUGGAGAAGCUUACUCCGCUCCUUGCGAAGCAUGCUGCAGAAGCCUUGAGUUUCCUUCGAAUCGAUCACGCCCUCGUCACGAAAGACGUCCCGGUUGCCAAUCCGGAUGAAGUUGUGCAAGGCCGCGUCGAGCUUGGAGAUACUUCCCUACCGGACUUGCCCGAUGGGCCUGUGGAGCUUGCUACUACAUCAGCGCAUAGGGAGUGCUUCGAGAUGCCAACUGCUCAAACUCCUCGCCACGAGCUUCCGGGGGAUCCGAUGCAAAUCGUUGUAUCACCUGCGGUAAAUGGGCCGGUCUAUCCAGCCGAGCAACACCAAGAGCCUCUAAGUGCUCGGAGAGGCAGCGCUUUCGCACCUGAGGUGCUCAUCUCCCCACUGAGUCCACUCAUGGCGAACGUUCAGUUCGCAGAUGGCAUGAGCAGGGCAGGCCGUCCACGUACUUACUCUUCUGUUGCAACCGAACGCAAAGCGAGGCUACAAGCCCAUACCAAUGAAAAGCAUAACCUCCAUCCUGCGAUGCUGCCUCAUGUUUCUACGCUGAUGUUGACCGAUGUGCCUGCCUACACAGAUAACCAAGAGCUCUCAAACAGGCUCAUCCUGUUCAUCAAGCACUGCGCCGAAGAAGCAGAGCUGGCGAAGACGCAAGCACAUCUGGAUUAUGCUCUGCCACCAGGCCGCAAGGGGCACACUUCGGCAAUUCGACAGUCAAUGAUCAAGACUUUUGCGCUCAGAAAAGUUGUGCUUGAAAUUGCGCCAGAGCCCGGUCUUCGCAGCAAGAGCAAAGCCAGCGCUUGGCAACAUAUUGACACCAGAUCUAUGACCGAAGACCGUGACAGCGAAGCACUGUGGUCGGCUGCCGAGACGGAUUUCAGCUUCUUCGGCGAGGGCGAGGAGUUGAAUUUCCCAAGUCUCGAACCCAGGCGUUCCGCGAAUGGCGUGUGUCAUGAUGGCAAAGAAGUAAUACUCCCAGGUAGUGCUCCGCCGCUACCGCCUCCUCAGACUGUGCAAGGAUGUGAUCGCAUCGAUACUGUAGCCAGGAUCUCAGCCUUCCGCACGGAGCGAAAGCUAGCCCAUCGCCGAGCCCUGCAGGAUGGUGGUGACAUGCACGGGACGGAAGGCUACUGGGACGGGGUCGUGCAAGUUGUACGCCCGGGUAGCGGUACGCGAGCUGACGAAGAGCUCGACUACUAUGGUAAUGCGUGCAGCAACGGCUACCUUUACAGAUGA